AUGCAACUCACGACUGGUCUUCCUCUCCUUCUUGCUCUCGGCGCUCGCGUGUUCAUCAACGCAGUCGCCCCAAGCCCCACUCAUACCCCCUCCACCCCCGACUACCUCCUCAACGGCCUUUUCCAGGGCGUCCUCAUCCACAACACCUUUACCCAAAUCCCUCAAGUCGUUGUCGUUGCCGUCGUCGGCGUCGCUGCGAAGCUCCUCAUCGACUUCGUUCGCCUCGGCGACGUCGCGCAGACAGCGUGCACCGUACUCGGCGCUGCCCUUGGUGUUCUCUUCACCGACCUCCUUGGGCAGUUCGUCGACGGCCAGUCGGGGCUCGCUCUCGGGAGCGAGGUGGGCCUCGUCCCCCGCGCCCCGGUCCCCAUCGUCAUCGCCCGCGAGCCGCCCCCGGACCCGCCCAAGCGCAUCCGACUCGUCUCCUUUGGCCGCGACCGCACACGCAAGGACCGGCACCGCGAACGCGAACGGGACCGCGAACAGCGCGAGCGCGACGACUACGAGCGACGGCGGGCGCACGGCGGCACCCCCCACCCGCACGGUGGGGGCGGGGGCCCGUCGUCGCACCCGUUCCCGCAGACGGCGUCGCACGUGUCCGCGGCGGGCCUGCUCGACGACGAGCGGCACGGACGGUCGUCCGAGGUGCGCGCGAUCACGCCGACGCUGACGUACUGCAGCACCGCGCCGUCGAUCUCGCUCGACUCGGUCCCGUCGUCGAUCGACCCAGAGGGGAAGCUGACGCCGGCCGAGCGCGAGGUCGCGGUGCUCCGCGCGCGCGCGAGCCUGGCGGACUCGGAGCGGCGGCGGUUCAAGGAGGAGCGCAAGUGGGCGAUGAGCCAGGGGAACACGGCGCGCGCGAGUCAGCUCGCGUGGCAGGUGAAGCGGUACACGGCCCUCAUGGAGAGCUUCCACCGCGAGGCGGACGCAAAGGUUGUCGAAGCUGCACGGGUUGCAGCGGCGCCCUCCCAGCAGGUGUCCUCGUCCAGACGCCAUUCGCACUCACGACAGCGCAAAAGCAGCUCUUCCACCAUCACCGGCCCCGCCGCCAGCUCGUCGGGGCAACCGCUCGUCAGCGUCAGCGUUAGCGGCCGUUCGCGCAAGCGCAGCGGCGGCACGACCACUCUCAAGCCGGCCAUCUUCGUCCAGGGCCGAGAGUGA